AGGCACCACGGACGAGACUUCCCGGGAGCAGCGCGCGGCGCGGCGACGUGACGUCAUCGGGAGGUGGAACAUCCGGUCCGGCAGCGCCUUCCGAGGACCCUCAAAGAGCCAGUGGCCUUCUGGGCUGGCAGAAAUGGACUCAGAAAUUGAGGAAGAAAUUCCUGUGCAUGAGGAAUUCAUUUCAUGUGGCGGAGGCGAGACGCAAGUCCUGAAGUGUGGGCCCUGGACAGACUUUAAUGAUCCAAGUGUCGACAAGCCUAAGCUGCUUAUUUUCAUUAUUCCUGGUAACCCGGGUAUUUCAUCCUUUUAUGUGCCAUUUGCAAAAGAUUUGUACUCUUUAACAAACAAACGCUUCCCAGUUUGGAUCAUUAGUCACGCUGGACAUGUCUUGGCCCCCAAAGAAAAGAAGAUUACGACAUCAGAGGAUCCAAAUGCUCAAGAAAUUAAGGACAUCUAUGGACUCAGUGGCCAAAUAGAACACAAACUAGCCUUCCUCAGAACUCAUGUACCAAAGGAAAUGAAGCUGGUGCUUAUUGGCCAUUCCAUAGGCAGCUACAUUUGCCUUCAGAUCUUGAAGCGUGCGCCUGAGCUCCCAGUAAUCCGUGCCUUGCUGCUCUUUCCAACAAUUGAGCGAAUGUCUGAGUCACCCAAUGGCAGGAUUGCCACUCCACUUUUGUGCUGGUUUCGAUAUGCUCUCUAUUUUAUUAGCUACUUAUUACUUAAACCAUGUCCUGAGACAAUCAAGUCCAUGGUAUGCAGAAUGAGCCUUCAAGCAAUGAACGUGAAAAAUGAAUUUGUACAGAUGAAUAUAUUAGAACCGUUCUGCAUUGCUAAUGUUGUCUACCUUGGAGGCCAAGAAAUGAUGGAAGUUGUGAAGAGAGACAAUGAAAUCAUAAAGGAAAAUUUGCCUAAGCUUACAUUUUACUAUGGUACUACAGAUCGCUGGUGUCCAAAAGAGUACUAUGACGACAUCAAGAAAGAUUUUCCAGAAGGAGAUAUUCGACUCUGCGAGAAAAACAUUCCCCAUGCUUUUAUCAUCAGCUUUAGCAAGGAAAUGGCCACCAUGGUGGCCGACUGGCUUGGGGAUGAUCUAUCCAAAUUGUAAUGUGUGCAAUACUGACGAUAAGCACCUCCAUCCAGUGCUGAAGCACAGGGUAUCCUAUACAUACUUAAUCAGCAACUGUCAGGUUUUGAUAUAUAAUGUUAGGAAAAAAGAUAGAUUGAGAACCUCUUGACUUCCAGACUGCUGGUUCGCAGUUCCAAACACUUCAGACUGAAGUGAGGACUGUUGAUGGCGGUUCCAUGGGGGUAACGCCAUUUCCAAGAUCCAAGGAACAUAGUGACCCCAACAAGGUUUCGUAUUUGUGCAAGCUGCCCCGUGACAGCCUGAGGUAUAUUUUGGUAGGCAGAAUUUUCACAGCCAAAAGAAAACUCUAGAUGUAGUUAUUUAGACUGAGUUACAAAGCAGAAUAGGCUCUUGUGGAGAAAAUUGUGAAAUACGCACAGAAAAUGUGAGCUAAUUCAGUGAAUGUGAAAUAGAGCUAGGUAUUUGCAGGGUAGGAAAUCAUGAUAAAGAGGCAUGCAUGUCCCAAGAGCAGAAAAC